UUACUGUUUUUCAUCAUGAACAUUUUCAGUGUGCUUCUUAGAAAAGAGCACGCAAGAUCCCCACGGACAUCCUUGAGCCAAUGCUGGAUUUGUCCAUGGCAGAAGAGGGACUUCCACCAACGUUCUGCUCCAGCCUUAUCUUCAAGACGUACGCUCAUCCAGCUUCACUACUUCAGUGCUUCUUAUGCUGCUACAAAACUUUCAACUUUUCUCGCUUCACUGGCGAGUUGGAUCACUUCAGUUGCUGUGACACACCUACAGUCACUCUCCACGGGAUUAUGGCCAGGAAAUACAGACGUUGAGAAGACGGAUACCAAAACAUCGCCAGUAUCUCCAAAAUGUCAUCGCGGAUCAUCAUUUGUUGUUGGUAAUAUGUGUGUGUUUGUUAGUUAACCCGUUGCUGCCACGCCUUUGUUCCCCCUUGUCGAUACGGUGAUCCAUUCUUGAGGCAUGCAUUCCAUGUUCUCCUAUCACCGUGUCAGCCCGGACUUGUCAGCAAUGGCAAGUCCCCCUCCCACCCUUGGUCAUGGAUCCUUCAGACAUGGCUCGUAGUGAGUAGAGAACAACCUACGGGUUGUAUGGCGUGGCAGCCAACGGGUUAACUUAAGUGUAUGUAUAUGUGUAUC